GCAUGACGCCACGGGAUUUUAGCCAAACAACUGGGUUUCGGGGGCGAGCUUCGGGCUUUCUCAAGCAGCGCCGGGCGCUCGCUCGCAGUGGAGUCCGGAUGGGGGGGUAGGGGGAGGAGGCCUUCGGACGCCGCCGUCGCCGCCGCCACCGCCUCCUACUUCCCGGUUUCUACCGCCUCUAGGUACUUCACAUGGACAAAAUUGAAUAGGAGAAAAAGUUGAAGACGAUUGCAUUUGGGAAUUUGUAUGGUACUUAAAUUGAAUUCAAGCUUGCAUACUGCCACAUCCGAUAUUCUCAGGGCAUCUGGCAUAAGUGUAAAGCCAUAUCAUAAACUGCAGAAGACUGACCUUUGGAAAUUGGUGAUGAAACUUUAAGAACUCAUUUGAGCUGCCAAAGGCAUAUAUAAAGAAGAACUUACAAACAACUACGCAAGAUUAAGUGUCCUUCCUUCACCACAGGUCAUUAAAGCAUCCUCUAGAGCAGAUCCUUUUGGGAUUACUUCAUCAAAUAUUAUGUGUAAUACGAAUGGAAAAGGUCCUGCCGAAAGCUUGAGUGUUAAAGAUAAGAAUAAUACACCCCCCAUGGCAGUCCAGCAGACGGAAGAAGGAGAGGAACCGCUGUGUAUCUGGGCUGUUGUGAAGCCUGGUAAUACGAAGGAGAAAAUCGCCUUCUUUGCAGCUCAUCAGUGCAGCAAUAGGACGGGCUCGAUGAAAAUUAAAAGCACUUGGGAUAUAGAUGAAAGAGCUACGAAGCGAAGGAAGAAAUCGGUGGAUCUUGAAAAAGUCAAGAUACAGUUAGAAAGGAUGAAAGAAAGCAAUGUUAGAUCCUACCAGCCCGAGUCCUUUGCAUGUGAUACUGAGCAUUGUUCUUUGCAUUGUAUGAGUGACAGUGGAAAUGGAUUCUAUCCAGGGAGGCCAGCAUCAGUCAUCGAAAUGGUUGCUUUUCUAGAGCAGAGGGCAAGUGCUUUGCUGGCUACAUGUACCAAAAACUGCAUAAACUCUUCUGCCACCCUGAGAUUUGCUAGGCAAUCUAAAGAGGUGGUCCCAGCACCUGAUCUGUUCUGUGACCUGGAAGCCUGCGAGCAGUCUUCUCCUAGAGGAAACUUCAAGGGUAGCAAACCCCAGGGUGAAACCGUGCAUGUGCUUGACAUGGUGGCCAGGCUGGAAUCAGAAUGCUUGAAACAACAGAGGGAACGUGAAAUGGGGGGAGGCCUUUCUAGAAAUAACAGCUUCCGGAGGCAUGUGGGCCGGGUGUUGCUGGCAAAUGGAACUCAAGAGAAUGAGAGUAAAGCAGAGAAAGGAUCACCCAAGGUCCCAGACACCCAAGUAAACCCUGCUGUUGCUGUGACUAGAGAUCCUGCCUCUGUGAGAGCUGAUCACUGUUCUUCUCUACAGGGAACCCAAUCCUGGGAAUGCACCUCCCUGACUUCAUUGCCAACGGGUGUGAAUUUCCAUACGGACAAUGUGGCAUUAGAGCCAAGUCACCAGACUGCUGUGAAAACAAGGAGUAGGUGUGAUGUGGAAAUGACCGAAGAACUCAGUGGGUCAUCUUUUCUUCCUCUCCCCUGUUCCCCACCUAGAGAGUUACCCUCAGAUGCUAUGCAAAACAAAGGUAUAACUAUUGAUUGUAUGAGUAAGAAGAUUGUGCCCUUUCCUAGCCAGAAUCCUGAUCAAAGAAUGAAAGAAUCUGUAUGUGUUAGUAUUUCUGCAUCCAAGGUGGAGAAAAACCAGGAUUCUAGCAGAAGCAUUUGUGAAGAUCCACUCCCAGGGAUGCUAUUCUUUCUUCCACCUAAUCAACCCGAAAAAAAUUGUUCCAAUUUAAGUGAAAGCACAAGAGAUUCCCCAAGAUCCCUCUCAAGUGAGGAUUCUUGUGAAGGUGACACAGAAUUUAGGGGAAAAAGUGUUUCGGUAGUAGAGCCCUUUGCACUGGCUGACGCUGCUAUAGAAAGUACUAUGGGGAAUGCCUUGCGGGGUUCCUGCCUGAAGAAACAGGUGUCUCAUGACUUUUUGGAGACUAGGUUUAAAAUUCAGCAGCUGCUGGAGCCUCCGCAAUACAUGGCCUUCUUGCCCCAUCAUAUAAUGGUGAAAAUCUUCAGGUUUCUUCCAACCAAGAGUUUGGUAGCUCUUAAAUGCACGUGCUGCUAUUUUAAAUUCAUCAUUGAAUACUAUAACAUCAGGCCAGCAGAUUCUCGCUGGGUCCGAGAUCCGCGCUACAAAGAAGAUCCCUGUAAGAAGUGUAAAAAGAAGUAUGUUAAAGGUGACGUGUCACUGUGUCGGUGGCAUCCAAAGCCCUACUGUCAAGCCUUGCCAUAUGGCCCUGGAUACUGGAUGUGCUGCCACCGGUCCCAGAAAGGUGUCCCCGGCUGUAAGCUGGGUCUUCAUGACAAUCAUUGGGUUCCUGAUCUGCGUGGUUAAAACUGUGAUGUCCAUAAGAAAACAAGAAGCUGUAGAACACUAUAGGAUCCUGUAUGGGGUUUAACUGUAGAGCAAUGAGCUAUUUUAUUUUAAAACUAUACAGUCAUAUUUUUUUAACCUCAGCGAACUGUGCAUUCUUGGCCAUCCAUGUUGUAGAGAGGCCAGUGGAAUAAGAGUGGAGUGAUUAAAUAGAGAAUGUUUGAGUUGAAAGUGGUUUGAAUGGCAGGCACUGAUGACAGGAGAAAAUUUCCAAAUGCAGAUUACUGGGAUAAGUGUAUCGUCUCCUUACUUUGAAGGGAGUGACACUCAUUCAGAUGUACAAAUUCUAGUGUAUGGUUUUUAAAGAAAUCACUCAUCACUGUAUGCUUGAUUCUUCGAGGUUUUUUGUUUGUGGUUAGCAAAUGAAUGUCAUGCCCUGUGUUGUUUACAAUGUACAUAAUUGUUUUGUUUUCACAGGCUGUGAAACCAGAGUGUGGCCUUUACUUGGUAGAUGAGCACUUUUAGCUCCUCUGUAAAUAGCAUUAUUAAAAACUGUUGUACAUAAUCAACAGCUGGCUGAACAACUUAAUCACUACAAUGCAGCUUGGAAAGCGUUGCAGCUAUAGUUGUGUGCCCAAGUAUCUUGUCUCAGAUUUGUAUAUCCUGUAUAAAACACGAAUGUUUCCUGAAUAAAAUAUGAAUGUUUCCAAUAUAAUAUAUGAAUGUUUCUGGGAAGAAACUCUAAAUACUGAGGGGUAGCUUGUUAAAAAAAAAAAUCCCAACAUGAUGACUUAACUGGACAACUUUAAAAUUAGACAAGAACAACCCUCUGUUAGAAUAGUGAAAAUCAGUGAAUAAAAAGUACUGUAUAGUCAAAUUAUAAAAUUGUUUUACUUUAUAUUGUCUGGUUAUAAUUUUUUAACUUCAAUAAAAUAUAAAUUCUAAGUAGG